AAUAACCUCUGAUAAGCGUUAUCACGUAAUGUAAACAUUUACCCAGCCGUUUCCCAAAUCCCCUUCAAGUUUACUUACCCUUCGAACAAAUCUCGGUCAUAAUUCCACUCUCGUACGUGUCACAAAUUGAAAAAACUCACAAAAAUCCUCUCGCAUUUCGUCAACAACGACCGUGAAGUUUGAGGUUAUGUUCUAACCUUGAGCCUUGACACAAUUCCUAAAGUUGAAGGUUUUCCAUAUACGAAACAAUGCACACACAUGUCUUAUCUCGUUAGAGACUCAGUCAGUUCAAGUGUGACCGUGAAGGGGUCAAAAUGUGUAUCUUGUUUGUUUACACGGACCCCAAACCCCCUAAAGGGGGCUAUAGACUAAUCGUGGCCUCAAACCGGGACGAGUACUACAAAAGACCGGCCAAACAAGCCUUCCGGUGUCCCCACACAAACAUAAUCGGAGGUCGGGACAUGGAACCGGGACGCGAGGGCGGCAUGUGGCUCGGACUGUCCCUCAAGCCCCAAAUGGUGAAAUUCGCGGCGCUUUUGAACGUCACUGGAGCCCCCAAACGAGAAGCACAAGCCGGUCGAGGCCCCCUCGUCUACAACUACCUCGAAAGCGAGCAAACAGCCACUGAAUACAUCGCAAAACUAGCCCCCGAACAACUUAGCGCUUUCAAUUUAUUCAUGUUAGAAAUCUCAAACGAUGUGAUUUGUUAUCACCACAGUAACUCCCCUGAAGACACACUCACUUACACCGGACGCCAAUUCCUCGCUUUCGGAAACAGUACCCCCCAAUCACCCUUCACUAAAGUCAAAAUCGGGGGGGAAAAAUUCCAAGAAAUCGUCACAAAACAUGGGGGCAACCGGCCUCAACUAGUCCACGAACUAAUCCAAUUGUUGAAAUGUCGAGACUUGCACCUCCCCGACCCCGAAUUGCAGACAAGAGCCCCGUUCGGGGUUGAUUUCCUGAGCGCUAUUUACGUGCGGAUGGAACAAGGGGGUUAUGGGACACGCACCCACUCCGUGAUUCUAGUCGAUGAUGAGAACAACAUCGAGUUUGUUGAACACACAAUGAAAGAACCAAUAAACCCACAGGAGCCCCAAUGGGACGUUACAACAAUCCGGGCGAAAUUUUGAGGUUAGCUGUCAUUCUAUUGACAACCACGUGUGUGAAAGCUAAAAAUUCCCUACGAACUAUUAUAUACAGCGUGUCUGAAUAAAUAAUCGUAUAUUUUUAUCAAAGCAAUGAACAUAGUUAAAUUCUGUUCACGGUAAACAUAUUUAAAAGUGUAACAAUAAAUUUUAAUCAAAUACAAACUUAAAGUUACCCAAAGAGA